CUACAUCAUUAAAAUUUUAUCUAAAACAUUAAGUCAUCCUCAUUCCUCUUGACGGCAAUCAUCUCUCCAGUUCGCCAUGGAAGCCGAAAGGGAGAAUCUUGGAAGCUUGUACAGACACCCUUUCCAUAAUCUGCUCCAAUGGAGGAAGAAGAUUCAAGCUUCCCAUGACCAGCAGAGAAUCUCAAAAAGGUCAGGUCUUUAUCAUUGCACCCAUCAAUUCUUCUUGAUUCUGCUUCUUCUGCAUGUUCUUGGAAGUCUUCAUCUGGUUUCAUCUCAGUCUUGGGAUAGUAUAAUUAUAACCCAAUCUGAUCUCCAAGCCCUCCAAGCUUUCAAGCAAGAUUUGGUUGAUCCAAAAGGGUUCUUGAGAAGCUGGAAUGACUCUGGAUAUGGAGCCUGUGCUGGGAAAUGGGCAGGGAUUAAAUGUGCCAAAGGUGAAGUCAUUGUCAUUCAGCUUCCAUGGAAAGGGCUUAGUGGUAAAAUCACUGAUAAAAUUGGUCAAUUCCAGUCCUUGAGAAAACUCAGUCUCCAUGACAAUGGCAUUGCCGGUUCAAUCCCGGCUUCUCUUGGCCUUUUGCCUGCCUUGAGAGGUCUCCAGCUGUUCAAUAACAGGUUCAGCGGUUCAAUCCCCGGUUCCAUUGGUCUCUGCAGACUCCUUCAAACCGUUGAUAUCAGUGGCAAUUCCCUCUCCGGUUCAAUUCCGGCCAGCCUCUUUAAUUCUUCCACCAAACUGCUCAGUCUUAAUCUCGGCAAUAAUCACUUGUCCGGUCCAAUCCCAACCGGGUUCACUCCAUUUCCCACCAUCGUCUUUCUUGAUUUCAAGAACAACAAUCUCUCCGGACCCAUUCCUGAAUCCAUAUCCAGAUUGCGGAAGCUCUCGGUUCUUGAUUUUUCCGGCAACAAUUUCGCCGGAGAAAUCCCAAAAUCUCUCGACAACUUAACCAACCUUAAUCUCUUCAAUGUCUCGUACAACAAUCUGUCGGGUCGGGUCCCGACCCGCCUCGCCCACAAAUUCAACCCGAGAUCCUUUCUUGGAAAUCCCCGCCUCUGUGGAUAUAGCACUUCCUCGCCAUGCCUGAUUUCAGGAACUCCAUCUCCAUCGCCGGAAACUCGAAAAGAUCAUAAGAAAUACAGAUUAGGCAUUAAAGACGUCAUCUUGAUCGCAGCAGGGGCACUCCUGGUGAUUCUGCUCCUCAUUUGCUGCAUUCUGAUAUGGCUGUUAUUCAAGAAAAGGUCGGAAAAGGAGGAGGGAGCCGGAGACAGUGGCAAAAAGGGAAUUCCACCGGCGGUCGGGAAAGGGGAAGCGGCGGAGGCGGCGGCGGCGGAAGGAGGGGGGAAGCUGGUACAUUUCGACGGCCCGUUGGGUUUCUCCGCCGACGAUCUAUUAUGCGCCACGGCGGAGGUGAUGGGGAAGAGCAUUUACGGGACGGCGUACAAGGCGGCGUUGGAGGACGGCAGCGAAGUGGCGGUGAAGAGAUUGAGGGAGAAGAUAACAAAGAGUCAAAGGGAUUUCGAGAGUGAAGUCAACGUUCUUGGGAAGAUUAGGCACCCCAACCUCUUGGCCUUGAGGGCUUAUUAUUUGGGUCCUAAAGGAGAAAAGCUUCUUGUUUUUGACUUCAUGCCCAAGGGUAGCCUCACCACUUGUCUUCAUGCUCGUGGUCCUGACACAUCACUAGAUUGGGCGAUGAGGAUGAGAAUAGCAAAAGGAAUUGCGAGAGGACUCCUCUUCCUCCACACCAAUGCAAACAUUAUCCACGGAAACCUAACGUCGAGCAACGUCCUACUCGAUGAGACCAUGACCGCGAAAGUCGCAGACUAUGGGCUCUCGCGCCUAAUGUCUGCCGCAGCAAACGCAAAUGUGGUCACGACUGCAUCCGCGUUAGGGUACCGUGCUCCCGAGCUUUCAAAAAUAAAGAAGGCAAACGCAAAGACCGACGUGUACGCUCUCGGGGUCAUCAUGUUGGAGCUGUUGACCGGGAAGUCGCCGGUCAACGACGGAGGCGGCAUGGAAUUGCCUCAAUGGGUUGCUUCCAUUGUGAAAGAGGAGUGGACAAAUGAGGUUUUUGACUUGGAACUUAUGAGGGAUGCUUCUUCAAGUGUUGGUGAUGAGUUGUUGAAUGCACUUAAACUUGCCUUGCAUUGUGUGGACCCCUCUCCCUCGGCCCGGCCUGGAAUCCAACAAGUUCUUCAGCAACUUGAGGAGAUUAGAAUGGAGACCGGUCCGACCGGGUUGGAUGAUGAUGAUGAUAACACAAGGCCGAGUAAUGAUUAGAUACUUUUAUAAUUGAUUGUGUGGAAUGAUUAGAAUUGCCUAAUUUUGUUGCCCUAGAAGUGUGUUUAUUCUUUUUACGGAUAGAAAAAAGAGUAUAAAUUGAUAAUACUAUCACACAGAAAGAAAUAAGCCCUAGUAGGAUGGAGCUACGACCUACGAGCCUAAAUUGAAAAUCCAGAGAUGGGGAAAAGAGCAGAGGAGUCAGAAAACAUAAAAAAAGGAGUAAUAAUAAACGAUUUGUUAUAAAAUGAGAGAAACACUACUCAGAGAUUAAGAUAAUAGAUAUAAUAUAUUUCUGAUUUCUUCUCUCUAUUAACUCUUCACUCUUCUCUUAUUCUUAAUUGUGAUUACAAUGCAGGGAUUAAGCCUCUAUUUAUAGUGGAGAGGCUUGGUAUGAAUACAAAUACAAGUGGGAAGUACUGUACAUAAUUGAUACUCAUCAAUGGUUGUCUUAAUCUACUAUUCUAGAAAAUAGGCCUGAUUAAUUGAAUAAAUGAACAAUCAUUAUUUUCAUAACACUCCCCCUUGAAUGUUCAUUUUUCAAUUAAUGAUGGGUACUUCG